CCGGAUUACGUACACUCGAUACGCAUCGUAUCCGCCAUGUUUACCGUAGGGAGUGAUUACAAAACCUCUUUCCCUACGUUGUCGAUGCGAGUCAACUCGAAGGCACUGCUCGAUACCUACGACCCUGUCGAGUUGCCAACUCGAACUAUCUAUCUCUCUCUGAUAGAUCGCUGAUCUCCUAUAACGCUUUCUCUCUUGCCGGUCCAAGUAUAAAAAUUAAGAAAAGUGAAUACAUAAUGACAUAACCUACUUACUUCAUACUUUGAUUUUUUCAAUUUAAAAAUAAUGUAAAUCGUUAAUCAAACGAUAUUUAGAUUAUACGGUUUUGAUAAUAAUUCUCAUGUUUUGAACAUUAAAAAAAUAUAUUGUUUAAAUCUCCCAGUGAGGUGUUAUUACACUCAUUACACGGACAGAAGUUCUCUACUUUAAAAAUAUGUGAAGGAAAGCUCUGAGACAGAAUUCGAUGAAGUGAAUAGGUAGUUAGCAGUGACCAUUACGACCUUUAGUAAUAUUUUUAUAUAACGUAUCCCAUCUUUCCCUGGCCAUUUAAUCUUUAAUAACGGUAAAAAAUCAUAAUUAAUCUCAAAUUCUACUCAAGUUCGAAAAUCAUAUAUUUUUAUAUCUAGGUACACGUUAUCACUGUACCAUCCUUAGAAUAUAAAAUAAACGUUUAUAACAAUUAAAUAUGUAAUAAAAACUUUAUUUUAUAUUCUAUUGUAAUAAUUAUUGAGGUUAAUGAGAGAAAUUCCUUGGCAUAUAACGUGCACAUCAUUCCAUUUGUUCGAAAUAUUAUCCCGUAGGUUCAAAAAUACGAAAAUUGCCGAUGAUUUUCUGACAGUCUACUCGAACCCAGUUCGUAAUCACUUUUUGGCUUCGAUGCGUAUUCGCAUCGAGUUUGCCUACGGUUCGUUUUGCGAUCUCGCAUCGAGUGUUCGUAAUCCCGCUGCUGGACAUUUAAUUCUCUCCCCGUAUCGACUCGCUUGACUUUGACCUUGUAAAUUGUAAGUUGACACUGACUGACAGUUCAUUCAAGAAAGCAUUUCAAAGCUUAUUUUUAUUCAUAGAUAAAUAAGGGUGUUAUUUUAUUCAUGUUGUUUUUUGCUUAUUUUCAAUAUUUCUAUUCGGUUGAUUUGUUAGUUAUGGAAAUUGAAGACAAGUUUUUGAACAUGACCAAAGAUCUAUACAUACUCAGCUAUCCACAUCAACACAUUUUGUGGACUUGAAGAAUGAACCAGUAGAGGAUAAGUCAGCAAUGGAACUCCAACUCAAAAUUGAGGAAGAGUUUGUUGAUCAUAAAGAGAUGAAGUAUGAACCAGAAGAAGAAGAUAGCUCAGUACUUAUUAGCUAUGGAAAUAAAAGUUGAAACUAAGGAAGAGUUUGCUGGAGAUGUGGAAGGAUGUAUAGAACCUCAUCUGAUUACGUCCCUAGAUCUUAAAAACCUGAAUAAUGAACAGUGUGAAGAUAACUUAGGUCUUUCUUACAAGAAGAACCGAACGGAAAUUAAGAAAAUUUUACCUGAAGAUUCAUUUAACAAAAACCAAAUAAGUCCAAACUCCGAAGAAGUACCAAUAAAUUUCAAUGAAUAUGUGAACAUCGAGACUGGAGAAGGACUGGAGAAGAACAAAUGUGAAAUUUGUUUUAAGCAGCUUGCCCAUAGAAAGUCAUUAAAUAGUCACAUGAAAAUUCAUACAGGAGAAAAAUCGUAUCAGUGUGAAAUUUGUUUUGAGCAAUUUUCUUAUAAAAGUAGUUUGACAUCUCAUUCCAGAAUUCAUACAGGAAAAAAACCGUAUCCGUGUGAAAUCUGUUUCAAAUCGUAUACUCGGGAAUACGAUUUGAAAGUACAUUCGAGAGUGCACACUGGAGAAAAGCAUUAUAAGUGUGAAAUUUGUUUUAAACGGUUUGACCACAGAAAUACAUUAAAUAGUCACAUGUCAAUUCACACUGGGGAAAAACCUUACGAGUGUGAAAUUUGUUUUAAGAAAUUUAGUCAAGCAAGUAGUUUAAAAAGACAUUUAAGAGUGCACACUGGAGAAAAGCCUCACAAGUGUGAAAUUUGUUUUAAACAGUUUAGUCAAGCAGCUAAUUUGAAAGGACAUUUGAGAUUGCACACUGGAGAAACGCCUUACAAGUGUGAAAUUUGUUUCAAACAGUUUGCCAAUAGAAAUUCAUUAAAUAGUCACAUUAAAUUUCACACAGGAGAAAAACCGUAUCAGUGUGAAAUUUGUUCAAAGCAAUUUAGUCAAGCAGGUCAUUUGAAAGAACAUUUGAGACUACAUACUGGAGAAAAACCUCACACAUGUGCAGUUUGUUUUAAGCAAUUUUCUCAAGUAAGUUAUUUGAAACAACAUAUGAGAUUGCAUACUGGAGAAAAGCCAUAUCAGUGUAAAAUUUGUUUCAAAUCGUAUAUUCGAAAAUCUUAUUUGAAUAUACAUUUGAGAGUGCACACUAGAGACAAGCCUCACAAUUGUGAAAUUUGUUUUAAGCAGUUUAUUACAGCAAGUGCGUUGAAAGUACAUUUGAGAGUACACACUGGAGGAAAACAUCACAAGUGUGAAAUUUGUUUUAUGCAGUUUUCUCAAUCAAAUAAUUUAAAACGACAUAUGAGAGUGCACACUGGGGAAAAAGCUUAAGAGCAAGGACAUACCAGGCGGCGCGCGUCGAAUCGACGUCGAGGCAGCGUAAAACACAUGGCGCGGUAUAACAGCGGCAGCUAUGCUACGAUUUAAAGUAUUUGUAUUUCGUUGUUGCCAAAUUUAGUCGCGUGUUGGCUGCUGUACGAUACGAUGUCUGAAAGUUAUGACGAUGUGUCUUUUGUAAUAAAUACAAGUUUAUUUUACCUUAGAUUAAAGAAAAAAAGAAACGCAGAUAUUGGAUACAUCCCAUCAUAAAGGAACGAAAUUAUAAGGGAUUUUUACACAUUAAAUUAACGAAAUUAAAAUAAUAAAGGCCCAGAGAUGUUUUUUCAUUUUACAAGAAUGUCUAAAAAAUCUUUUCAGGAGUUAUUAGUGAGUAUUAAAGAGCCGUGUUCAAAAAAUAACACCGUUAUGAGGGAAAGCAUAUCGCCCAAGAAAAACUAUUUAUAACGCUAAGAGGCUGUCCAUUCUAUGGUACGCCACUGAGCAAAUACAGGUGUUACAUUGAUGCCCCUCUAUUAUACCUAGUGUGACCAACGCCUAUUCAGUCAAAUUCGGGACACGGCUGAAAAAAAUACCUGAAAUCCGGGACUUUUCGGAAAUCGGGCCAUUUUUUUUAAUAUAGAACUUUCAUAAUAUCAUUUUAUUUAUUAAACAUUUUUAUGUUGAAAAUGAUAUUUUUAAUGGGGUUAAGCCACAAAAAUUGUAACAGGUAAAAUACAGAAAGGAAAAAAAAGUUCACAGUUUGAGAUUUUGUAGAACUAUGAUACCAAAUACCACGAUAUGCAGCGUUUUGGAUGUGGUAUUAAUAUUCUUCAGCCUUUAGAAAUCCAACUUUGGACAUAUGCCUCCCCCAAUUCAAUCCCGUGUUGUCUAUUUUGCGCCACGUGUUUUAAGUUCUGCCCUCUUCCUUUGCUUCUUCUUCCUGACCACGGUCUCCAUUGUUGUAUUUCAUGAUUCCAUCUUUUAUCCUUCAGUCGGGCAUUGUGUCCUGCGAAGCUCUAUUUUAGUUUGGCAGCAUGUUCUCCUGCGUCUUUUAUUUUGGUUUUGUUUCUAAUCCAUUUAUUUGUUUUUUUCUUAUCUAUAACCGUCACCCCGAGCAUUGAUCUUAAUAUUACACUCUCGAAAUUGUCGACUUUUUUUCGUCCUACCAAUUCAGUUUGAUAUGAAUUCUUAGAAGAAUAUUCAAAAUUUCAAAAUAGAAUUUUACCAAAACAUUGAAAAUUCGGAUCGCCCGGAAGCCUGGUCCGGGACGCCGGGACACGACUUCGUAAUUCGGGCCAUGUCCCGGAUUUUUCGGGCUAGUUGGUCACACUAAUUAUACCCCAUCUAUUGGGAAAUAGUGAUGUUUCACAAAUUAAUAUUAACAAAAAAAUCAUUCAAAUUAAAGCCAAAGUACGUAUCGAGAAAGACGAAAACCAGAAUAUACAAAACCGUAAUAAGAGCAACAGUCACCUACGGAUGUGAGACAUGGGUGCUAAAUAAAACAGAAGAAAAAAUGAUAUAGAGUUGAGAACGGAACGUACUAAGAGCUAUUUUCAGGGGAAAGAAUACAGAUACAGAAGACGGCUGGCAUAGAAGCACCAAUCAAGAAUUAAGGAUGCUUUACAAGGAACCAAGUGUAACAAGAUACACAAAGCCAUAAAGAAUCAGGUGGGCAGGUCAUGUCGAGGGGAUGGAUAAGGAAAUAAUGCCAAAGAUGGUACUGCACAGAAGACCAUUUUGGACUAGGAGACGAGGUAGACCAAGAAAAACACGGCAAGAAAGUUUCAGGAAGGUAUAGUAUCGAUGGAAAUUACACACUGGAAAGAGGAGGUGAGGAUAUAGUGGAGAACCAUAGUUCAGUAAUGUUUACAUAGACAUCAAAUAAAAUUAUAUAUAAAUUAUUAGCAUAAACUGUAUUAUCUAAAAUUGUAAAUACAAGGCCUAUAGAGCAUAAUAAAUAAAAUAAUAAAUAA